AACCCCUGCUCCCAUGAUGUCAGAAGGCGCCACAGUCUCAUAAAGCACGUAAUACUGCAGCAUCAGGGCUACCACGACCUCAGAGUGCAGGACAGCACAUACCAGGGCAGGGUGGGCCUUGGUGACUGCAUAGCUGACACAUACAAAGGAAACCAACGCAAGGAGCCCCACUGCCACCAUACAGCUCCAGCUCAGAGUGUCUUGUGGUAGCACGGGGGUCUGUAGCACAAAGAGGCCUGGUACAGAGACUAUUAGCCCCACCAGGCCAAAUAGGAAGGCCACAGUUGGUAGGCAGGAGGGGAAGUGUAGAGAACGGUAAACCUGCAGCCCCAGCGACAGAGCCAGACCUCCCAGGAAAGCCAGUACAUAGCCCAGGGCUGUGUAGAGGCCAGUAGUCCCCUCUUGCAAUGUCCCUAGUCCAGGUCCCACAAUGAUGAUUAGUCCAAGGGUGCUGCCAAACAGACCACACCAGGCAUAGCCGCUGAGACGCUGGCUCUCGAGGCAGAGUGCAAGGAGGGCCGAGCACACGGUGGAAGAACCUUUUCGAACAGUGACUGCGUUGCCGGCGGGCACCACCUGAACGGCACUGUAGGCACAGCCAAUGCUGAGGACAUUGAGAAUGGCAUGAAGGAAGGCCCGAACCCGAACAUCAGGAGGUCCCAGCAGUGGAUCACCACGAAACUUAAGUAUCAAAGCGAUGGGAAGGUGGAAGAGGCAUCGAAAGAUGAGCAGCUCCAAUGAGGGCAAUUGGGAUGUCUGAAGGAAAAGGCCAGACUGGAGGGACUUGCUGAGCCACUACGCUGCUCCAUGUUGGCUAUGCUCUCAGGCUGGCAUCAUGCCACCCCCUGCAGAGGUGACGGACCCAUCCCAUGCUCCAGCUGUCCUGCGUCAGCUCAAUGAGCAGCGGCUCCGUGGCCUCUUCUGUGACGUCACCCUCAUAGCAGGAGACACCAAGUUCCCUGCUCACCGCAGUGUGCUGGCCGCCUCUAGUCCUUUCUUCAGAGAAGCUCUACUAGCUUCAGCCCCACUGCCCCUCCCGCCAGUUACUGGUGGCUCAGUCCCCAGCCCUGCAACCACCACAGCUGCCUCCUCUUCAUCCUCUCCUCCCCCUCCAGCCUCUCCUCAUUCUUCAUCUCCUCCUCGGGUGCUAGAGUUGCCCGGGGUCCCAGCAGCUGCCUUCUCUGAUGUCCUCAACUUCAUCUAUAGUGCCCGGCUUGCACUCCCUGGUGGUGGCGGGGAUGGGGCAGCUGUGGCAGAGAUUGGAGCUCUGGGCCGGAGACUGGGUAUCUCUCGGCUACAGGGCCUGGGGGAAGGAGGUGAUACUUGGGUACCACCUGCCCCAUCUUCCUUGGUCACCUCAGAGCCUAAUGAGGAUAGAUUGGGGCCAGGGCUUAGAACAGAUGGAGAAUGGGAAGGUGACAAAGCUGAGCCCCUGACUCCUGACUCACAGCCCCGGCGGCCCUUUCCUUGCCCUCGAUGUGGAAAAAGCUUCAUCCAUCCCAAGCGACUGCAGACCCACGAGGCUCAGUGUCGACGAGGGUCCAACACUCGGGGGUCUGCAGGGCUGGGACCUGGGGGCUCUGGCCCUGGAGGUCCUGCAGGAGUGGAUGCCUCAGCCCUGCCACAACCAGUGAGCUUCAGAGAUGGCCCUGAGCAUGUGGUGAAGGUUGUGGGCGGCCAUGUGCUCUAUGUGUGUGCAGCCUGUGAGCGUUCCUACGUGACCCUGUCCAGCCUGAAGCGGCACAGCAAUGUACACUCAUGGCGGAGGAAGUACCCCUGCCGCUACUGUGAGAAGGUGUUUGCCCUGGCUGAGUACCGCACCAAGCAUGAGGUGUGGCACACUGGGGAACGCAGGUACCAGUGCAUCUUCUGCUGGGAAACCUUUGUGACCUAUUAUAACCUGAAGACCCACCAGCGAGCCUUCCAUGGCAUUAGCCCUGGCCUCCUAGCCAGUGAGAAGACACCCAAUGGAGGCUACAAGCCCAAGCUUAAUACCCUCAAGCUGUACCGCCUGCUCCCUAUGCGGGCAGCCAAGCGGCCCUACAAGACCUACAGUCAGGGAGCCCCUGAGGCCCCUCUUUCUCCAAGCCUCCACACACCGGUCCCCGCCGCAAUGCCAGCCAGCCCCCAACCCCUACUCCCACCCGUCCCAGAACCUGGUCCUCCCCACUCUGUCAUCACCUUUGCUCAUCCAGCUCCCUCAGUCAUUGUCCACGGGAGCAGUAGUAGUGGUGCAGCUGGGGGUGGACCAGUCGGCACAGGAGGGUCCCAAGCUGCCUCAGUCAUCACUUAUACGACUCCCCCAAGACCCCCCAAGAAACGAGAGUACCCACCUCCUCCCCCUGAGCCUGCAGCAACACCCACCAGCCCAGCCUCCACCGCUGUCAUCCCAGCCACAGCUGCAGGGCCAGCCACAGCCACAGAGGAGGCCAAGGGCCGGAAUCUGCGGGCUGGGAGGACUCUGACUUACACAGCCAAACCCGUGGGUGGGGUGAGUGGGAGUGGGGGUUCCCCCACAGGGACAGGCCGAGGCUCUUCUCAGCUUCAGGCUCCACCUCCACUGUGUCAGAUCACUGUGCGAAUUGGGGAAGAGGCCAUUGUCAAGCGCCGCAUCUCAGAAACUGACCUGCGUCCCGGAGAACUGAGUGGAGAGGAAGUAGAGGAGAGCGAGGAAGAGGAGGAAGAAGAGGAGGAGGAGGACCAGGAGGACCAAGAGGAAUCGAAGGCUGGAGGGGAAGAUCAGCUUUGGAGACCUUACUAUUCAUACAAGCCUAAGCGCAAGGCUGGAGCUACUGCCAGCGGGCUGAGCGGACUGCCCCGAGGACGAAGACCACCUCGCUGGAGGCAAAAGCUGGAACGAAGGGGCUGGGAGGAAACCCCAGCAGUGGAGGGCCCAGGAGGACGAGGACGUGGUGAGCGUAGGCACCGAUGUGGGGACUGUGCCCAGGCUUUUGCCACUCUGAGGAAGCUGAGAAAGCACCAGGAAGCUCAUAGCGGGGGCUCGCACAACUCCAGGACUGGCAGGAGGUCUUCCACCCGUUUCACCUGUCCCCACUGUGCCAAGGUGUGCAAGACGGCAGCUGCUCUGAACCGACAUGGGCAGAGGCAUGCUGUGGAGCGGCCUGGGGGCACUCCCACACCUGUCAUUGCCUAUUCCAAAGGCAGCAUUGGCACCAGGCCCACUGAUGUCAAGGAGGAGGCCCCCCAAGAGAUGCAAGUGUCCUCAUCCAGUGGAGAGGCAGGCGGUGGUAGUGCUGCUGCUGCUGCUGCUGAAGCUUCCGAGUCUGCCUCACUCCAGGACCCGGUCAUCUCUGGGGGUGAGGAACCCCCAGUAGCAGGUGGGGGUAGCUAUGUAUACCCACCUGUGCAGGAAUUUCCCCUGGCCCUGAUAGGAGGUAGCCGGGAUCCCGGUGCUGGCAAAGGAAAACCUGGGAAUGAGGGGCCAGUGGGAGCUUCCGAGGGAGACCGGAUGGAGGAGAUGGGGACUGCCAAAGUCACCUUCUACCCUGAACCCUACCCACUUGUCUAUGGCCCCCAGCUCCUUGCUGCCUACCCUUACAACUUCAGCAACUUGGCUGCUCUCCCAGUUGCUCUCAACAUGGUCCUACCUGAUGAAAAGGGUGGUGGGGCCCUUCCCUUCCUUCCGGGGGUCUUUGGCUACGCAGUGAAUCCUCAAGCAGCACCACCUACUCCACCAACCCCACCUCCCCCUCUUCCUCUGCCAGUUCCCCCUAAGGGAGUAGGGGAAAUGACAGGGGUUGAGAGAACCCAGAAGGGGGAUGUGGGGUGAGCACCAAGGCCAGAUCCCCCCUCUUACCAGAUGCUACCCUCCCUGAGUCCCUCUUCCCUCUCCCCCCAGCUCCCUGGCCUCCCUGCCCUUUGGGAGCCCCAUAACAUUCUUGUGCAGGGAUUUGGGGGCCCCUGGAGCUCAGGAGUCAGGCUGCUUUGUGUGAUUGUAGUUUCCCCAUUCCCUGAGAAGGGAUUUUGGGUGGUUCCCUCUCAGUCUUCUCCAGGGAAUGGCCCCUGUGAGGGGCAGAGCCAGCUCCCAUCCCUUCUCCAGCCCUUGGGCAACUGAGCAAUAUACUUCUCUGAGUCUCUACUUACAGCCCCACCAGCUCUGAAUGUCUAACCUGCUCCCCUAAUUGGUAAGCCUAGGGGGAAACCAUCUAUCUCUCUCACCUAAUGAUGCCUGCUCAUUCUGACGCUGUCUCUAAGCCCUUCCCCAGAUGCUUCCUAGCACAUUCCAUUCUUUGUGGCCCAAGGCCUGGACCAGACCAUUGUGAUAUCUGACCCACCAGCCUGGAAGCAUGGCUUUGGAUUCCAUUCUUCCUAAGGGUGGGUUUCUCUGUCCUUGUUUCUUUCAUAUUAAGAUGCCAUGCCUUCCUUGGCUUCCAUGCCUUUGGAUCUUCCAUAUUCCUUCCUGCACUCCGAGACUUUGGAGAUGGCCUAACCCAUUCCAGGUCAUAAGGAGGCAGGAGGUAUCCUAUGGCUGAGCACUUUUUCAAUACAGGGCAGGGAAAUCUUGGGCCCUACCUUUACCCCAAGUCCAGUGACCCCAGAUUCUUCCAAGACAAAAGAGGUGAAUAGAUCAUAACUCUUCUGGCCUUUAUAUGUGACUGCUUUGGGGAUAACCCAAAUUCGAGCACCAGGUAUGAAGUACUCCAUACAGAAUGGAGAAGGGAAUCUACUUUCUCCGUGUCAACCCCUCACUAUGGUUUCUUCUAGAUUAGACCAAAUAGCCAGAGAAACUGAUGGGGGUUUGAUGUGUGGGUAAGCCCAAGAUCUGCACAGAACCUCCACCCUCACCUUUAUUCCGUCUCCUCUGAUGUCACUGUCCUCACCAAUCACUCCAGAUGGUUUUAAGGGAACCAUCUUCCUCUUCUGGUGGGCUUUGGGGUAUCCCCACCAACUCUGCCUCCAAAACAGCACCUUAUACCCCAUCUUUGACUCAGUCUCCCACACCCAAAGAUCCCAGCCUAGGAAUGGGGCACAGGGAUUUUUAAAUAGUCCCUAAUCCCUAAUUUGCACUAGUUAACCCUGGUCAGGGGUCCUAUGUUUCCUUCCAGUAGGGACAAUAGAGAAAUGUUUGUUCCUAAUUCCCUUUGAAAAUGGGGCCUCCCUGACCUGAUGUGUGAUUAGAUGGAUAUUUCCAAUAUACCCACCUCCCCUCCCCCACAAAGAAAGAACCAGCUCACAAAGGGAGAGCCAGUUUGGGGGAACAAAUUUGAUGUGGGAGUUAGAGGAGUAUGAUUUCAAAAGGAGAAAGACUGUUUUAAUCAAAAUGACAGUCUUUCUCUCAGCUACUGUUUUCUGGGGCCAAGAUGGCUGCCCUCUGACCUGCUGUGGAGAGGGCAAGAUCAUGGCUUUUGGAGGAAGGUGAGUUUGGGAAGGCCAGGAGCAUCCUCCUGCCUCCUCCUAACCUCCAAGUAUACAGAAGGGGAGGUUUUUGACAGGCUUCCUGAAUGUUAACCACGGAGGGGGUCACUCCACCCCUCCUCUGUCUCUUUGCACUUUUCUUGGUCUUGGCUACAGCCUGAGUGAAGAAUUUCCUACUGAAUGUACCAAGUUCCAGUUUUUAAGGGGGAAAAAGUUUCAAACAGGGAAAAAUGGAAAAAAAAAGAAAAAAAAUCACUAAAAACUCCCAUAAAUCUUGUUUCUGGCACUUUAGAAAAACUGCAAAAAAUACAUAAUAAAGAAUACAUAUAUAUAUCUACACACAAAUUAUAUAUAUAAAUAUAUCUAUAUAUACAGCGGAACCACAAGAGAGACUGAGGAAGGCCUGAAGGCAGGGGGCAGAGAUGACAAGGGUCCCCUCUACCUUCAUUGCCCUCCUCUGAGGAAGUCCUGAGAGAAGGGGUAAAAAUGAACUGGGGAAUUUGAAUUUCAGAAUAGAUCAAAAUUCUGACCAUUUGGAAGAAUUGAGAUUAUAAAUGGGUUUUGUUUUUGUUUUUAAUAAGGGUAAAGACAAUAGCUUCCAGAAUUUGGUGACAAACAGUUGUGGCAAAGCAGAAACUUAAAAAUAUAUAUCUGAGCUGGAAGGUCUCCAUAUCCUGAGUUUCAGGUGCUGGGAGUUUGGGAUUUUGCAAUUUUGUCGUUUGGAGGUGAUCAAGUCUUGUCAGUUUGUGCCCUCUCUCCCCACGUGACCUGGGGAGAAGGGAGAAAGUGGGAAGCUACUGGUUCUGUGCCACAGCACGCAAGAUUUAGAAUUUUACAGACUCUAGCUCUAUACGUAGUGAGGACCCAGAUUUAGAGAAUCUGACCAAUAUUUAUCUCCAGAUUUGUGUGUUUUCAAUUCUCUAGGCCAAUAAAUCAACAAGACAAAUGAACUCUGCUCA